AUGACGGAGGUGGCACAGGUCAUGUCCGAUGUCCCAAACGUACAUGCCGAUGAUGUGAACGACGUGGCUGGCGAGGAAAACGAGACCACGCGUCACGAAGACAGCGUGGCCGACAACAAAGAUGACGCAGUGGAUAAGGCAAGUGCAGGGAAAUCACUCAAAGAGGAGAAAAAACCUUGCAAGACGAACAGUGAAGUAUGUGAUAAGACUGAGGAGACACAUGCCAUGAAUGGUGUGGAACAGGACAAGAGCAACACAGUAAGCUGUGAAAAAGACAAACCGCAAGUAAAUGGCGUAGCACAUGACACAGAAGAGACGAAGCCGCAGGAAGCUGCACCAGCGGACACAAAUGACGCACGGCAGAACAUUUCAGAAGUGGCAAUCAAACAAGAGAGACUCCUCAGAUCAAGGAAGCCGGUGAGCAGGACUUAUGUGCCCAAAAUCAGCAAGGAUAAGGGCGACGUGAAGAGCAAGUUUGAGACCAUGCAGAAAGCCAGGGAGGAACGAAGCAGGCAGAGGAACCAGGACGAGCAGCAGAAGAGGAAGGAUCAGUACAUCAAGGAGCGGGAGUGGAACCGUAGAAAGCAGCAGAUAAAAGAACUCCUCGCCUCCAGUGAUGAAGAAGAGGAGGUGAAGCCGACAAAGGUGGAGAAAUCCUACGUCCCCAAGAUCACAGGUAGUGUGAAGGGGAAGUUUGCGGAAAUGGAGAAACAGAGGCAAGAGGUGGAGAAGAAGAAGAUGGAGGGUGAGAGGAAGAAGAGGGCUGAUCAGGACAGCAUAGAAAAAGCCAAGAUUGAAAAAGAGCUGGCUAAGAAAGCCGCAGAGGAAGGAGAUGACACCAUCCUAGUCCGGGUGGUGCCGGCGAAGCUGUCACGACCCCCGGGCAAAAUCAAGAUGAAUUUUGAGGACAUGGAGAGGAGUAGAGGGGAGGAGCUGCAGAAGAAGGCGGAGGAGGAGAAGAAGAAACGCUACCAUGAAAACAGACGCUCCUUCAGGGACGCCAAGCGACUCUCCAUCUCCCAGCCGGAUGAGGAGCUGAAGGCAGUAGAGAAGGAGCAGGUGACUCCUGGUAAACUCAAGCUGACAUUUGAGGAGCAGGAGAAGGAAAGGCAGGAGCAGAGGAGGAAGCUGGCAGAGGAGGACGCUAAACGUCGCCUCCUGGAGGAGAAGAAAGCCUUCGAGGAGGCCAAGCUGGAAAUGGAAGGAGAUGAGGAGGAGAACCAGGAUGCCCAGGGGGAGAAGGAGGAGUUCAGACCUGGAAAACUGAGACUGAGCUUUGAGGAGCUGGAGCGGCAGCGAGUGGAAGAGGAGCGCAAGAAAGCUGAGGGGGAGGCCAAGAGACGAAUGGUGGAGGAGAGAAGAGCUUUCGCUGAAGCCAGGAAGAGCAUGGUGGUUGAAGAAGAUGACGAAGUGCUGAUGGCCAUGUUGAAUCUGGAGGGCAGUAAACCAGGGAAGCUGUGCGUCAGCUUUGAGGAUAUGGAGCGCCAGAGGAGAGAGGACGAGCAGAAGAAAAAGGAGGAGGAAGCCAAGAGGAGGCUGGAGGAGGAGAAGAAGCUCUUUGCCGAGGCUCGCAAGAACAUGAGCCCUGGCCUGGAUCAGGAAAAGUCUACAUAUGGAGAUGAGGAAGAACAAGGUGAGGAGGAUGGGAUGGCAAAGAGUGAGUCUCUGGAAGCAUUAAAUCCUGGGAAAUUGGAAAUCAACUUCGAGGAGCUCCUCAAACACAGGGAGGAGGCUGAAAGGAGACGCAAGGCGGAGGAGCGCAAAAAGAAAAUGGAGCAGGAGAAGCAGGAGUUUGAACAGCUCAGACAAGAGAUGGGACAGGAUGAGGUGAAUGAGAGCUCCGAUGCCGUCAGCACAGAGUACGAGGAGCUGACCAAACUCAAGAGGACUGGCUCCAUUCAGGCCAAAAACCUCAAGUCCAAGUUUGAAAAGAUUAAGCAGCUGACAGAUGAGGAGAUCCAGAAAAAGAUUGAGGAGGAGAGAGCGCGGAGAAAGGCUAUCGAUGAGGAAAUCAAAGAAAGAGAGGCAGAGAGGUUCCAGGAGGAGGACGAGGAAGAGAGGAUGGCCCCGGUGAAGAUGGACGAGUCGCCGUUCAAACAGAAGGUGGACAUGCGCGCCCGUUUUGAACAAAUGGCCAAAGCCAGAGAGGAGGAGGAGAGGAGGAGGGUGGAGGAGCAGAAGCUACAGAGAAUGCAGUUCGAACAGCAGGAAAUUGACGCAGCCCUCCAAAAAAAGAGGGAGGAUGAGGAGGAAGAUGAGGGAAGCAUCAUCAAUGGCUCCGCCGCCUACGAGGACGAAGAGGAUCAAGCCAGGUCGGGGGCCCCGUGGUUUAAAAAGCCCUUGAAGAACCAGUCAGUGGUGGAUGCAGAGCCUGUCCGGUUCACUGUCAAGAUCACCGGUGAGCCCAAGCCCGAGGUCACCUGGUGGUUUGAGGGCGAGACGCUGCCGGACUCUGAGGAUUACCAGUACAUAGAUAGAGGGGAGACAUACUGCUUGUACCUGCCAGAGACCUUCCCCGAGGACGAGGGCGAGUACAUGUGCAAGGCAGUCAACAGCCGAGGCACUGCAGCCAGCACCUGCAUCCUCACAAUAGAAAGUAAGAGCACCUUGGUGUGA